AUCGACUUCCCUCGCGCACACUGUUCGAACAAAACGAGUCGUCAUCGUCAUUGAUACUAUAGUUUUAAUCUGAGUCAUCCAAGAAGCAAUAAAAACAAAAUUUUAAUAUGACUGAUUCAGUGAUUCAAAUGACAACAGACCAACUUCAACAGUUGAUUGAAGGAAUUCGAACUGCAGCUGGAGCUGCUUAUCCUACUGCUGCUUCCCCAGUACCUGUAAAGUCAAAAGGAAGCUUUUCCAAUUGUAGUUCUCGUUUUGGUGGACAGCGAGAUCACGAUGCCGUCGAACAAUUCACCACCUCAAUGGAAACCUACAAAGAAGUGGAACAUAUCAGUGAUGAGGACGCAUUACGUGGUAUUUCCUUGCUGUUUUACGGAUUAGCGUCGACAUGGUGGCAAGGUGUCAAAAGAGAGGCCAAAACCUGGAAUGAUGCCAUUGAACUUAUUCGCAGCCAUUUCUCACCAACCAAACCUCCAUACCAAGUCUACAUGGAGAUCUUCCAGUCCAACCAAAACGCAUCUACAGCUAUUGACACAUUUGUAUGCCAAAAACGAGCUUUGUUAGCCCAAUUGCCUGAAGGACGCCACAACGAAGAGACUGAAAUUGAUUUGAUUUAUGGAUUAUUGAAUGUUAAAUAUCGCAAACAUAUUGCUCGUCAUGAUGUCAAGACAUUCCGAGAUCUGCUGGAGAAGGGUAGAGUGAUUGAGCACAAUAACACACCUUAAUUGAGGUUCGAAAUAACAUCGAAGACAACUGGUCUACAACUCUAUGGUAUAGCGAAGUAAUAAAUGAUAAUAGUUACUGGUCAAAAUGCAAGUGAGCCUAAACAUGACAACAGAGAUAAAAAAAAAACUUUUGGGAAGCGUUGAUCAUCCAAAUUUGCAGUAUAUUUCUGAGCUCGUGGCCUGGAAACAACUAUCGUGUAAAGUUUGGCAGAUUUAUAAGCUGAUGCCUUUAAUAAUGAUGUUUUAUUAAUGUUUAAAUUUAAAUAAAAAUUACCUAAUAAGUUUCUUGUUGUAUUCU